AUGUUCUGGCCGCUCAACAGACUGCCCCGGUUCGACGGCCGCCCAGCACCCACAGACCUACGCUUCCAUGGCCAAACAAUCCUUAUCACUGCCGCGUCUGGCGGCGUCGGAUUGGCAGCUGCCAAGAGCCUCGCUGAACGCGGGUUGAGCGCCCUCAUCGUGACAGCGCGUACAGAACAAAAAGCCGCCGACACCAAGCACGCAAUCGAAGCACAUAUCGAGACCGCACUCCCGAACCUCCAUCCUGCACGCCGGCCCACCAUCAUCGCAUUGGUCCUAGAGAUGAAUGACGCCGAGUCAAUGCUGAAUUUUGUCACCAACCUCAUGACCCACGUCUGCUACCUCGAUCAUGCCAUUCUAAACGCUGCUGUUCUGGCAAACACUCACUCACUCAAUCCAUCCACUGGCUACGAAGAAAGCGUUCAUGUCAACGCUGUAGCGCCGAUCUUCCUCUCGGUGCAGUUGUUACCGCUCCUCUUGGGUAGUCGGCUCACCGGAGAGACCAAUCCAGCAUUGCGCCCGCAUCUUACUAUCAUCUCUUCAGGCAGUUGCUGGAGAGUGGACAUGAACGGCGAGCUUCGCAACUUGUACAGCACAACGACACCUCUAGCUUGGUUGUCGGAGCCAUCCAAUUUCGCGACCAAGUUUACCGAACAGUACUCGCGCAGCAAACUCAUGAUGGAACAUGCCAUGCGUCGAUUGGCUUUCCUCGGGGAUGUUGAGAAGGAUCAGGGAGACGGCGGGGCGCCAGAUCCCAUGAUCCUAGUUGGUUCCGCAACUCCAGGCCCGACGGCUUCGGAUCUUUUGAGGCGAUCCGAAAGAGACAGUCUGUUCUACGUUUUCCUGUUGAGAUUUGUCGGCUGGAUCAGGCGACGGCCCGAAAUUGGAGCGAACUGUUACAUCAGUAGUCUUGGACUGGGGCUGGAAGGGAGGGGAGAGCAGCUGGAAGUCGACGAGAUCGCGACAGGUGAGAGGGUAAAGAAUGUCAAGAGUGGCGAGAGCAUAAAGCUUGGAGACGUGGUGUGGGAAGAACUGCUCUCUGUUCUGAAGCAGAUGGACAAAGCAGGCGAUGGUUUGGUUGCGCAGUACCUAGGGGAGUGA